AUGGCCGCACCACAGACAAUCCCCGACUUCGACGAUCUUCCCAAGGUCGAGGGCAUGCCCCAAGGCUGCGCAUGGGGCAUCUUCGACAAGGACGGCGAGAAAGACGUCUACGGAACCUUGAACCUCUUGACCCCAGACGUCGUAGCCGCUGCCGCGACCGAAGUCAAAGAGGGCAUCUCCGUCUCGCUCAACUGGCCUCUGAACGGCUUCCCCUUCCCCAUCCCCGGCCGCAAGGCACCCGUCCACACCGUCACCCCGCUCAAGGACGUCGGCUACGGCGCCGACGGCUGGGACGACGAGCUCGCCUUCAACACCCAGCUCAGCAGCCAAUGGGACAGCCUGUGCCACUUCCACCACCAGGACAGCGGCCUCGCCUACAACGGCGCCCGCCCGACCAGGGCGAGCCUGACGGACCCGGCCGCCGCCGCCGCCGCGGAGCAUCAGUCCGUCCUGCCCACGAUCGACAAGUGGCACGCGCGCGGCGGCCUCGUCGGCCGCGGCGUCCUGCUCGACUUCGCGCGGUACGCAGACGAGGUCCUCUCGCAGCAGGACGGCACGAAGCAGACCUCGUACCACCCGGCCGACGGGUACCGCAUCACGGUGGCGGACCUCGAGGCCGUGGCCGCGUGGCAAGGCGUCGAGUUCAGGCGGGGCGACAUCGUCGUCAUCCGCACGGCGUACACCGAGGUCAUGGCCGCGCCGACGCCCGACGACUUCGCCCGGAUGCAAAAGGUGCGGCUCAGCGGCGUGCACGGCACCGAGGAGACGGCGCGGUGGUUCUGGGACCGGCGCUUUGCGGCCGUGGCGGGCGACAGCGCGUCGUUUGAGGCGUUCCCGCCGCUGAGACCCGACGGGAGUGAGGGCGAGAUGAGCGAUCUCGUCCUUCACAAGUACUUCUUGGCCAUGUUCGGCAUGCCGAUCGGCGAGCUCUGGGAUCUCAAGGCGUUGUCGGAGCAGUGCAAGAGGCUGGGCAGGUAUAGCUUCAUGCUGACUUCGGUGCCGCUAAACCACCACGGCCUGGUUGCUUCGCCGCCGAAUGCCCUCGCCAUCUUUUGA